CCUGAUCACGAGAGCAUCAUGGUUCCUUCUGGUUCCGGAAACGCCAGUGAACCUGCCAGAUCACCUCGUGCGAUUUUGACUGCUACUGGCGGGCCGAGAAGUUCGUUGCGCGCUGAAGGUAAAGAUGGCAUUACGGCGAAUCCACCUUCUUCUUCCUCGCCAUCGGAAAGUGAUUCUGAUUCGGAAUUCGAAUAUUCGUCUCCAUCUUCGAGUUCGAGUGAUGAGGGUACGAAGAAGGCUCGUCCGAAUAAGAGACCAUCAGCAGCUACUGCGAAAAAGUCAUCUACUGUCGAAUGUGAUGCGCAAAAGCCGAAGAUCGAGCUUUCUCUCGCCCAGAACGAAUUUUUUCGCGAAAAGUUGAGUUCCUUGCUGAUUUCUCGGGGUUUCCUGGAAAAGUGGUGCCAUUAUCCCAAGCUGAACAACAUUCUGCGCCUGAAUUUCGUCCGUGUCUGCGUUUCCCCCGAGAAUUUCGUCGUCAGUGAGAUCGAACGAUGCAUCGAAACGUCCACAGUCUACAAAUUCGGCUUCUCGAGAACAAACUUGGCACUUAUAGUUCGCAACGGAAGCUCGAGAGCCAUCUACACCUUGGACAAGGUGUCGGACGGGGAACUCAGUCUGGAAGAAGUUCGUGUGUGGUAUGGACGUGAAGUGGAGAGUGAUGAAGUCGUGCCGAGUGACGCGGAAUUCGAGAAGCGACGAAAUUCGUAUAAGAAUGCGAUGUGCACGGAGUUGUCGUACUUCGAUGCCCGUGAAAUGGCGGAGAUUCGCGAGCGAUUCACCGUCAAGUUGCAUCAUCCGGCGGAAGAGAAGAGUCGGUUGAUCCUUCUCAGGCAAGCUGCUCAUUCCGAAGGUGACCUCGGGGCUUUUCACUUUUACAAGGAACGAAUUGAGCAUUUGCAGCGACUCGAAGCUUUGCACUCUCGUCGUCCCGACCCUCUUCUGGAGAACAACGACCCCUUCGUGCGCCGCAACACCAAGCCCGUGUUGCUCAAACGGAACAAGACGCAAGAAGUGAAAAAGUGCGGGGAUUCUUUGUGGUACAAGGUGUUGAGUGACGAAGUGGCUGUGCGGGACAAGGCCAAGGUCAAGUGUUUGAACCUGGCCCACGAUUUCGAUUCCGGCGUCCACGUGCCCGUGGACGAGUCUGUGGCGCAGAGGUUGAGGCCCGUGUCCGGGCCUAGUGCCUACCGCAGAGGGCCCGGGAAUUUCGACCUGGAAAGUGUCAAGCGGAAGCUGGGCAUCUUUUGAAUAAGAUGACGAACGACACGAAGAAGAAGAAAAAAAAAUGCGGGGCUUUAAUUUUUUAGUCAAUUAUUUCAUAUUAGUUAUUUUAUCACUCUUAUUGGUGCUCUUGUGUGUAUGGUGAGCGAUGCGUGAUAUUUGUUUAUAAUUUAUGAAAUACUCGGUGCUUGUGUCCGGCGUGUUAUUAUUUUUGUGGAAAGUCCCAUAUUUAAUUGAGUACCACGCGAACGUUUUUUUUUCUUCUGAAAAUUGAGACUGAAAAGGGGGGAUAUUGGGUAUAUUUAAAAAGAAAGUUUCAGAAGUUUAGCUGUGAAUUUUACUUGAUUCUGAUGGGAAAAUGUUGACCAAGUCUGACAGAAAAACUUAUUUCAAUAGAAACAAUUGAAAAGUAUUUGGAUUCUUGUCCAAUUCAUAUCUAUAAAUUCAAAUU